AUGAUGGCCGCCACCCAACCAAGUAGCCUUCAAUCUACCAGUUUUUUAAAAUCAUUCGGUAAGUCGACUUUAAAGUCACUCUUUUCGAAUUAUCCUAUGAGCGACCUACUAACGUCUAUUCCAGAGUUUGGUAAGAGAAUCAAAAGGCUCAGACAUUGGUCUUUGACCAGAACUAAAGCCACUACCGACUACAACGAUUACAACUCGAAAUCUCAAUCACCGUCACCAAAUACGAGUAUUUUAGAGCCCCAGAGAAUUACAUCCGGUUCAUUAACACCUCCAGGUGCAUUGAUGAUAUUCGAAAGAUCAGUGCAAUUGGGUCCUUCAUUGGUACCAAGCACUAAUGCAUCACCACCAGAGAAAAUCAGGGGACACUCUCUACCUACACAAACAGUAAUGGUAUCUCCAACAUCACUAUCAAUCCCCUCUCAUUACACUACCGAAUCCUACACCGCGCCCAUAUUGGAUGCCACUUGCGAGCUCAUCACUGGUAAUGACGCAGAUUUGGACCAGAUCAAGCUCGUUGCUGUGAGAAGACCUUCGUCCAUACUAAGUAGCUCGGGUUUAACCUCACCGCUAUUAUCGAGAUCAAGGGUCUCGAACUCGGAUUACGCGUUUGAACUCGACCAGGAUGCGAAAGACAGAAGAAUCAGUUUCUUCUCGUAUGCCGAGUUUCUAGAGAUAGAUGGGUUAGACACAGAGGCGGCAUUGCAGAAGCCAGUAUUAGAUGAUGAUGAGAAUUCUCAGGAAGAGGAAUUCCUCUCCAUAGUAACAGUUAAUGAAAUGCUGAGGGUCAAGACGGGAGAGUUAAAACGAGAAAUGUGA